GGGACCGAGCUGAGGGAGCGAGAAAAGGCUGAGGGACAGAGCUGAAGGAGCGGGAAAGGGCUGAGGGACAGAGCUUAGGGAAGGAGGUUGAGGCUUAGGGCAGGAGGAAAGGGCUGAGGGCAGGAGGAAGGGGCUGAGGGCAGGACAGAGGGCUGAGGGUGAGAGCUGAGGGUGGGAAGCGUCUGAGGGCAGCACCGUGAACCGGAGGAGAUGCGGCUGCAACCGGGCCGUGAGUGAGGGCAGCCGGGGGCGGCGGAGGGCCGCAGCGCCAUGUCCCUGGGCAGUGACAGCGGCCCCGGCAUCGUGCACAGCCUGCUGUGCCACCGGCAGGGAGGGGACAGCGAGGCCUUCGCCCGCCGCGCCAUCCAGAGCCUCCUCAGGAAGCUGAAGGAGAAGAGGGACGAGCUGGACGCGCUGGUGGCCGCUGUCACCUCCGGAGGGGCCCAGCCCGGCCAGUGCGUCACCGUCCAGCGCACCCUGGACGGGCGGCUCCAGGUGGCCGGCAGGAAGGGGUUCCCGCACGUCAUCUACGCCCGGCUCUGGCGCUGGCCCGACCUGCACAAGAACGAGCUGAAACCCGUGAAAUUCUGCCGCUUCGCCUUCGACCUCAAGUGCGACAGCGUUUGUGUCAACCCCUACCACUACGAGCGYGUGGGGACCCCCGGCAGCGGUCUGAGCAGCCCGAGCACAGUGCUCCCCCCGCGCCCGGUGAAGGAGGAGUUUGUCCAUGACUGUGUGCAGAUGGAGCCGCCGGYCCGUGGGGACCCGGGGGCCGAGCCCCCCGCCCAGCCCUACCGAGCGCUGCCCCUCCCGCGGCUCCCUGAGCCCCCCCGAGCGCCCCGGAUCUGCCCCGCGCUCCCCGUGCCCCCCCAAGGUGAGACCCUCCUCAACCCCCACCCUGCGGGGCUUUGGGGGAGAAGGACCCCACGAUGGAGGGACCCUCUCCCCCACCCCAAAGCCACCCCGCUCAGGGGUACCCCCGUGUCCCUGCAGGUGUUUGACCUGCGCCAGUGUCACCGGCAGAUGCAGCGGCAGGCGGCCACCGCCCAGGCUGCAGCCACCGCUCAGGCCGCUGCUGUGGCCGGCAGCAUCCCCGGGCCUGGCUCGGUGGGUGGCAUCGCCCCGGCCAUCGGGCUGUCGGUGGCCGCGGGGCUCGGCGUGGACGACCUGCGGCGCCUGUGCCUGGUUAGGCUGAGCUUUGUUAAGGGCUGGGGGCCCGACUAUCCCCGGGCCAGCAUCACCUGCACACCCUGCUGGAUCGAGGUGCACCUCCACCGCGCCCUGCAGCUGCUGGACCACGUCCUGCACGCCCUGCCCGACGCUCACGUCUGAAUCCUGCAAGGAACGGCCAAAAAAAAGAGGGGAAAAAAGCCAAAAAUGAGGCGAAAUGACCAAAAAUGUGUCGGUUUAACGGUUAUUUAAUGGAUGGGGUCGGGAUCUGUGGCCUGGGAGUAGCGCAGCCCUCGGCGCUGAUCUCCGCCUCCUGAUUUAACUUUUGUAUGAAAGAAAACAAAAAAAAAAAAAAAAAAAAAAAGAAAGAAAAAAAGCCAAAAAAAGGUGAAAGAACCAAAAUCAUGUUGUUUUACUGUUAUUUAAUGGAUGGGGUUGGAGUUUGCAGCCUGGGUUUGUCAUCGCCUUUGACGAACGCUCAGCAGCGCGGUUGUGCCGCCAGAUGCGCUGCCAGAUGCGUUUCCAGAUGUGCGUCCAG